UAUUUAUAAUUUAAUAAUACUGUUAACAUUUAAUUACAUCUACAUUUAACAUCAAUCAUCAAAAUGUGUAUUUGGAUACCAUUGAGCGCACCGGUAAACGAUGGUCAGCACACGUGGCUGGAGUUGUGGGCCACACGCAUUUGCACGGUGUUGGGUCUCGUGCUCUUUAUCAACGCAUUCAUUGCAAUAUUUUGGCCAUGGUGCAUUCCACCCGCACUCAUGCAAAUGGUGGCAUCCGUAAUAAUCAUAAGCAUAGAGGGGCCCACAUUUGUGGAGUUCCUGGCAUUCGCGGCGCCAGUAAGCCGUUUCUUUGACGACAAAUCGCCCUGGACUAAAGUGAUAGUUUACGCUACACUGACCAUGCUGCCAUUUAUCAUCGGGCUCAGUAUAACUUGUUUUAGUAUAGCAUUUAUUGUAGGUUUUUUGAACUCACUCGCAGUCACAUUAAUUUACAUAUUCCUGAUCCGAUCCGCAUCCACCGGUCGGGCCAAUAAUGUUGAGGCCUAUGGGGGCGGACCCCCGCCGGUGGUUAGCCCAACCGCACAGUCAUUCCCCGCCUCAGCGCCGACUACUAACACUACAUGAUUUAUUAUGUUUUAAAAUAUAUUGUACAUUAAUUCAAUAAUUUUUUAAUUAUUUUAAUGUGUG